GUUUUUAUCAUUAUUUCUAACACAAAUAACAGCGCAUAUAUAAUUCACUCAUACUCUGCCGUUUCAUAAUACAAGAAGCAGAGGCCAAUAAUAUAAAUUAUUUAUAUGAUAGGCACGUUUAAAAUACAAUGGAUGAUCGUCAAGAAUCCAACAGUUAUAUCAAGUAUACAAGGAAUGUCACAAAUGAUUAGAUUCAUUUCGUCAGAUUCGAUUCGCUUCGUAAGUCGAAGUAGUUUAUUAUCGAAUAGUAAAGCGAGUUAGUUAUCUAACAAUAAGUGUGAAACUGUUGCAACAUUUCGCGAUUCGAUCUUGAGGAUUAUUCGUGCAAAUAUACAGAUAGCAUGAAGAUAUUUGAAAGGAGAAUUGGCAUGGCGAUUCUGAAAUUAUUUAUGAAUGUUGGUCUAAUAUUUACUGCUACAGCAGCUCUUCCUGUUGACGCAGAUUCGAGCAAUGAUACACAUGUGAUUAAUUACCGUUUACCAGACAAUGUAGCUCCGAUGCAUUACAAUAUUAAGUUAAUACCAUAUAUUGAGGAAGGUAACUUUACCUUUGAUGGAGAAUCUGCCAUCAAUAUCACUAUUCGUCAUGUAACGCAAAACUUGAGUUUACAUACACUGGAAUUGACAAUCGAUGACGCAGCGACAUCGUUAUUCGACAAAGAUGGCAUUGUCCAUAUGCCGACAACGUACAGUUACGAUUUUAUUACACAUAUUUUAGUACUUUAUUUUGAUCAUGAACUAUCACCUGGAAAUUACACUUUAAAGAUGCGAUAUGUCGGUAUCUUGAACGACGACUUACAUGGCUUUUUCAGGGUAUCUUAUGUUAAUGAAGAAGGAAAUCUAGAGUGGUUGGCCGCAUCACAUUUCGAAGCGACUUGGGCGCGACAAGCGUUUCCAUGUUGGGACGAACCGGCACUAAAAGCCACUUUUGAUAUCUCCAUAAAACAUCAUCGAAAUUAUACGGCUCUAUCAAAUAUGCCAAUACGGAAACAAUCGGAUGACGGCAACGAAAACGGCAUGGUGUGGACGUACUUUCACACGACUCCUAUCAUGUCUACCUAUCUCGUAGCGUUCGUAGUGGCUGAUUACGUUCGUGUUCCUAAUAAAGAUGGGACUGUCAAUAUGUGGUGCAGAUCGACAUUGGCGCCGUACACAAAAUUUGCUCAAGAAGUUGCCCAAAAAUCUGGACAGUUAUUGACAGAAUAUACCAACAGCACCGAUAAAGUUCCAAAAAUGGAUCAUGUAGCGGUCCCGAAAUUCGCAGCUGGUGCCAUGGAAAAUUGGGGACUUAUUAUCUAUGUCGAAAAAUCCUUCGCAUAUAAUGACAAAAUUGAUACGAUAUCUACUAAACAAGAUAUAGCAGUGACAGCAGCACAUGAAAUGGCACAUCAAUGGUUUGGUAAUGUAAUCAGUCCAUUAUGGUGGUCUCAUGUAUGGUUAAACGAAGGAUUUGCGUCGUUCUUCGAAGAAUAUAUUCUCAAUCAAAUUUUCCAAGAUUGGCGAGUAAUGGAAUAUUUUGUUGUUACUACUCAACAAACAGCUCUUCAUAUUGAUAUUGCUAGGAAUAUGAAGCCUAUUACAUUCGAAGUCAGCAGUCCUAAGGAAAUUGAGUCACUCUUUUCUUACUCUACUUAUGGCAAGGCACCCGCUAUAUUACGCAUGUUGCAACAUAUAAUUACCGAUGAGAUAUUUCGGAAGGGUAUUAUUAAAUAUUUACAUAAGCAUCAAUUCAAUUCGGCUACUUCUGACGACUUAUGGAACGCUUUGCAAACAGUCCUAGAUGAAUCAGAUGUUCCGCAUAAUGCCUAUAGAUUGAAAGAGGUAAUGGAUACCUGGAUAAAACAAAGGCAUUUUCCCAUAGUACAUGUGAACCGAAAUAACGACACCAAUCAGAUAAUACUAACGCAAGAACAUUUCCGUCCAGAAAGUGAAGAUAAGCAUGUUGAUAAUGAUAGAUGGUGGAUACCUUUGACUUUUGCUACACAAACAAAUCCCGAUUUUUCCAAUACUUUGCCUACUCAUUGGUUAACACCGCAAGAUCAAAAUAUAACUAUUGAUGGAAUUGAUCCAAAUGAUUGGAUUAUUGUCAAUUUACAACAAAUGGGAUAUUAUCGUGUUAAUUACGAUUCUUCAAAUUGGCAAAAAAUUGCGAACUAUCUAAAAUCUGAAAAUUAUACGAAAAUUCAUGUGCUCAAUCGUGCUCAAAUCAUCGAUGAUGCUUAUCAUUUUAUGGCGGCAAACCAACUUAAUAUUCUGACAUUUUUGGAUCUCAUUAGUUAUCUAUCGCAGGAAAGAGAUUUUGUAGCAUGGUUUCCUAUGUUUGAAAUAUUAGAAAUUACAGAAGAUUUUUACAAAUAUCCAGAAACUGCACUUCUUAAAUCAUACCUAAUCGAAAUUUUGGAUGGACUUAUUAAGAACGUGGGAUACGAAGAAAAUCCUGACGAAGAUGAUCUUACGAAACUUCAAAGAACUAAAGCUUUAAAAUGGGCAUGUACUUUGGGUCAUUCUGAAUGCAAGAGAAUGGCCACUGUUAAAUUGAAUGAACAUUUCGAAAAUCCCAUAACACAUAAAGUUUCACCAAAUUUGAGAGAAUGGACAUAUUGUUAUGGCUUGAUGGAAGCAAAUGCUUCUACUUGGAAUAAAUUAUUGAGUGUAUAUAUAAAUAAAUCAAACAAAAAAGCUUUAAAAUACUUGGCUUGCUCUGAAAAUCCUGAUAUUAUAAUUAAU